AUGAGUAGCAGACACUGUUUCAUUAGGGUAGUCAGGACACCGGCUCUGGUCCUAACUCCAGUAACCGAACGCAGCAUCCAUCAGACGCAGCCCUUGUCAAAUAAGGUGCACAACAGAGUAAGGAGUGGUGUGCACUCGGGCAGGACUCAGAUUGGCACUGGCCAAGCUUCGGCGCUUCCCCGCUCACCUCCCGGGGCUCCCAGCGGCUGCCAUAAGUUCUCAGGGGACCUGAAACCCGCCCGGGAUUCGGAUGGGGAAGUGGUAACUCUCAGGCUCCGGAAGAUCCUCCCACUCCCGACUUUUCAUGGCUUUCCUGGACUCCGCCCCGCGCCAGUCUCUGUGCCCUUUCUGCAGUGGCGUUCCGGGGCAGUCGGUGUGGCGCUGCGGCGUGGAGGAGCCUGCGAGCUCUCGGAUUUUUUGGCCUUUGAGGAUGUGGCAGUGAAGUUCAGCCAGGAAGAAUGGAUUUUGCUAGAUCCAUCUCAGAAGAAGCUGUACAGAGAUGUGAUGUUGGAAACUUGCAUUAACCUUACUUCCUUAGGCAUCAAAUGGGAAGAUAAGAAUAUUGAAGAGCAGUACAAACAUUCUUGGAGAUACCUAAGAAGUUACAUGGUAGAUGCAAUCAAUGAGCAUAAAGAAGGUGGUCAGUUUCAAGAAACCUAUAUCUGGAUCCGAAAUCUCCAUAGUAUUGCAAACAUUUCCACUGGAAUAAAACUAUUCGAAUGUGGUGUGUGUGAAAAAGUUUUCACUUGUCAUUCAUCCUUUAAGGAGCACAUCAUGUCUCACUUGGGGGACAAAUCAUCUGAACACAAAUAUGGUUCAUUUGGAAUACAGCAACAAAGUCACAGUGGUGAAAAGUUCUGUAAGAAAUGUGGAAUGGCCUUCAUUUGCCCCUGUUCAUUUUCUGUAGAUGGAAGAACCAACACUGAAGACAAAUGUUAUGAAUGUAUGCCAUGUGGUAAAGCUCUGAGUUCUUCUAGUUCCCUUCAAAGAGUUCAUACUGGAGAAAGACCCUACGAAUGUGAACAUUGUGGAAAAUUCUUUAGACAUCAAAGUUCAUUUCGAUUACACAAAUUAACUCAUAUUGGAGGGAAACCCUAUGAAUGUAAACAAUGUGGGAAAGCCUUCAGAUGUUACAAUUAUCUUCAAUUGCAUGAAAUUUUUCAUAUUGAAGAAAACCCUCUUGAAUGUAAACAAUGUGGAAAAACCCUCUGUUCUCCCAGCUCUCUUCGUUUUCAUGAAAGGAUUCAUAAUGCAGAAAAACUUUAUAUAUGCAAACAGUGUGGUAAAGCGUUCAAAUGUCAAAGUUACCUUCGAAUGCAUGAAAGAUCUCACAAUGGUGAAAAAUGUUAUGACUGCAAACAGUGUGGUAAAGCUUUCAGAAGUCACUGUUCCCUUCAAAGACAUAAAGUAGCUCAUCCUGGGGAAAAACCUUAUACAUGUAAUCUGUGUGGUAAAUCCUUCACUUAUCCUUAUUUGCUUCAGACACACGGAAGAUUUCACACUGGAGAGAAACCAUAUAAAUGUAAGCUAUGCAAUAAGGCCUUUCUUUGUUCCCCUUUUCUUCAAACACACAAAAGAACUCAUACUUGGGGAAAACCCUAUAAGUGUAAACAGUGUGGUGAAACCUUCAGAAGUCACAGUUUCCUUCGAUCGCAUACAAGGGCUCAUACUGUAGAGAAACCUUAUAAAUGUAAGAUAUGUAGUAAAGCAUUUCUAUGUUUUCCUUACCUUCAAAGACAUGAAAGAGCUCACACUGAGGAAAAGCUCUUUGAAUGUAAGCAAUGUAGUAAAAUCUUCAGAGAUUGGAGUACCUUCCAAGUGCAUGAAAGAUCUCAUAUUGUAGAAAAGCCCUAUAAAUGUAAGAAAUGUAGUAAAGCCUUUUUUUAUCCCUCUUCCCUGGAAAGACAUGAAAAGAUUCAUAAAGGAGAAAAACACUAUGCAUGCAAAUAUGCAUGUAAACAGUGUGGUCAGUCCUUCAUUUUUCCUUGUCUACUUGAGAGGCAUUUAAGAUCUCACACUACUGAGAAACCCUAUGAAUGUAAACACUGUGGGAAAGCGUUUAGAAGUCUCACUUACAUUCACAUACAUAAAAGAACUCACACUGAAGAAAGACUGUAUACGUGUAAGCAGUGUGAUAAAAGUCUAAGUUGUCCCAGUGCCCUUCAGUUCCAUGAACUAACUCAUACUAGAGAAAAGCCCCAUGCAUGUCUACAAUUUGAUAAAACCAUCAGAAAAUUAAGUUAUUUCCAAGUACCUGAAAAGGCUCUGACUGAAGAAAAAACUUAUACAUGUCAGCAGUGUGGUAAAAUUCUUGAUUGUGCAAGUUCCCUUCAGCUACAUGAAAGAAUUCAUACUGGAGAGAAGUCACAUGAAUGUAAACAGUGUGGGAAAACCUUCACAGUUCUCAGUAGUCUUCGAGUGCAUGAAAUGUCUCACAGGCAUGAGAAACCCUAUGAAUGCAAACAACUCGGGCAAGUUUUCAGUCUUAGUAAUAUACAUGAAAUAAAGAAAGCUGAAGGAAAUCCCUGUGAAUGUAAGCAGUGUGGCAAGACCUUUGUUUCUCGAUAUUUACUUCAAAUGCAUGAAAGGUCUCAUUCUGCAGAGAAACGCUAUGAAUGUAAGGUAUGUGGUAAAACCUUCAUUUAUCCCUCUUUUCUUCAAAGACAUGAAAGAACGCAUACUGGAGAAAAACCUUAUGAAUGUAAACAGUGUGGUAAGGCCUUCAGAGUUCAGAGCUCCCUUCGAUUACAUGAACGAACUCAUUCUGAGGAAAAACCUUAUGAAUGUCAACAUUGUGGUAAAGCCUUCUGGCGUUUCCCUUCUCUUCAAGUACAUGAAAGAAUCCAUACUGGAGAAAAGCCCUUUGAGUGUAAACAGUGUGACAAAACUUUCAGAUGUCACAGCUCCCUUCAAAGGCAUGAAAGAACUCAUAGUCAGGAAAAACCAUAUGAGUGUGAACAGUGUGGUAAGGCCUUUAGAUGUCACCGGUCCUUUCAAAGACAUGGAAAAACUCAUGCUGGGGAGAAGGCAACAUGAAUCUGAACUGUGUGCAAAAACUUAGAUGUUCUAAUUUCCUUGUAAUGUUUGAAAAUACUCCUAGGAAGAAAAUCUGGUAGUAUAAAACAAGUGGUGAAAGCUUCAGAGUUUUGUUGUUAAUGUUUUUGUUUUGUUUUUUUAAUCAAUACUGGAGAAAGACCUAUCAAUCAUAUGUGUUAAGAUGUUCAGUUCCCAGUCGGGCCUGGUGUAAAUGCCUUUAAUCCAGUGCUGGGGAAGCAGAGGCAGGCAGAUCUCUGAGUUCCAGGCUGGCCAGGGCUACACAUAGAAACCCUGUCUCAAAAAUGAAGCCAAAAAAAAUUUUUUUUUUCAAUUCCAUUUGAAAACUUGAACAUCUCUGGUAGAGCACCUUAGGAAUGAAUAUAAUGUGAGGUUAUCUAAUUUUCAUAUGUACUCUUGAAUACAUGAUAAUGCAAACAAGAGUAGCUCUUAUAAGAAUGGAUGUUUUUUUGGAACAAGUUUGGAAAGUAAAGUUUGUAAACUUUGAACAGUCAAAAUUAUGAAGAUUAUUGGAAGUAAAUCUUAAGUAUAUUGGAAUCUUGAUGCAAAUUAACCUACAAUGUUCAGAUUUUUAUAACAUGAAUAUAAUGUUGUGUAGGUUAUAAAUAUAUUGUGUUUACCAGGAAUUUGUGUUUAAUAGAAGGGCGUGGUGCCACCCUGUAGUAUUGGCUACUUACGUGGCUGAUGGAAGAGAAUUACAAGUUCAGGACUUGUUUAAGCAGUUUAAGCCCUAUUUUGCAAUCAAAAGUGGAAGAAUACUGGGUAUGUUGUUCAUACUUGGUAGAAUACUUGCUGGGUACUUGUGAAACUGUAAGUUCAAUUUGCAGUACUCUUAGCAAAAGUAUGAGAAUGUCCCAAAAGAAUGAGUUGCCGUUUCUUUUAGAGAGGCAUACAUUGACAUGAAAAUUCUUAAGUAUAGUCUUCCAAUAGUAGAGGUGGUUUGUGAUAUAUACAUUAUCAGACAAUUUCAUAACUGAAGAUUAUUGUGUUGUUACUUGCCCCAAUGCUAUGAUAAAAUAUUCCAACAAAACAAGCUAGGAGGAGUUUCUUUUGGUUCAGAGGUUGAGCUGUGUCACAGUCUGACUUGGCACAGAAGUCACAGCAGGAGGAGCUUGAUGGAGCAUGUCACACUGUCCACAGUCAAGCAAAAAGUGAGGACUACUCAUGGCUUCUUAGCUUUCUCCCUUUAUACAGUCUGGAACCCAAACCCAGGGAAUAGUACCGUCUCCUUCAGAGUGAGUCUUCCUGUCUCAUCUUAAAUCCCUUACAGGCAAGCCCAGAACCUUAUCUCCCAGAUGAUUAUAGAUCUUGUAAAGAUGAUACUAUCAAGUAUCACAAAUACAGUAUAAUCUACCACACACUACUCCAAACAUGCAGUAUAUUAUUUUACGGCUUGUUUUAUACAGGGUUAACAGUACUUAUUUAGGAAACUGAAAAUAUUUGAUGUAAAUAUAUGAAAGGAUAAUGAUAUAAAAGCUACACUUAAGAAGGCCCCAUAUUGUGAAUGGAGUAUUAAGGAAUAGAUGUUGCUCUGGGUUGUAGUGAGUUGUAGUUUAGUGAAUGUGAAUGUUAGGACAUUACUAUAUACCAAUAUUACUACUAUUAACUAUAAAUACUGUACACUUAGAUUUUUAUUAUCUAUAAAAUAUUGUCCUUAGUGAAUUAGCUCAUAACUUUUUCACUUUGCAAAAUUAAAUUUUUUUAAUACUUUUCUACUUUCCUAGUCACAUAUCAGUUUGCAAGUAAGAAGUUAGUAUACCUUUGGAUUACAUUGUGUUUAAAAACAUGAGUUUUUAAAAAUUGCUUGCUAAUUUACUGAAAUCUAUUUUAUAAAGAUUGCUUAGUGGAUUUUGAUUUGGGAUUAUCCAAUAGUUUCUGAAAUGGUCCUAAAUGUACUUUCUCCAUUUUGUACUAAUUUAUAUGAAGGGUACUCAGCAUUGAUGAUUCAACCCUGGAAAAUAUUGGUUCUCUAUAUUUUGCAUUCUCAGAUAAUCAGCUAAGGUUUUUUUGGGGGGGGCAGACGUGGUAACAAGGUCUCACUGUGUAGCCUUGACUGGCUGGAACUCAGUGUGUAAACCAGGCUGGCCUUGAAUUCAGAGAUUCACCUGCCUCUGCCUCCUGAUUGUUGGAAUUAAAGGUGAGUGCCACAGUCAGGUAAGAUUUAAUACUUGAUUAAAAAUACGUAUCUCAAAUAGUAUGAAAACAUGCUUUCAUUUUUAAUAAAUGCUGAGGUUGUAUUUGCUAAAGAAUGGUUUUUAAAUAGAUUUCUUUUUAAAGAUGUUUUACGUGUGUAAAAAGAAGCAAUAUAGCCAGAAGCUGAUUUCACACACUGGAGAGCUGCCAAAUAAAAGUUUGCUUCUGUCAUGUUGA